AUGGCAGCAAAGAAGAAAUGCGGCGGGUUCAGCUUGGAUGGGUUUUCGGGCCCAGCCCAGCCCAACAAAACGACCCCCAAAUCAUUCAGUCUGGGCUUCCAAAGAGGAUCCGAGGGCCUCCUCACAAUCGGACGAUCCCUAAGGUCCGGAGUCACGAGGGCCGUGUUCCCAGAAGAGCUCAUAGUCUCAGAGCGCAAGAUAUUCGACCCUCAAGACAAACAACUUCUAUUGUGGAACAAGUUGCUGCUCUUCUCCUGCAUUGUGGCCGUGUCCGUGGACCCUCUCUUCCUCUACCUUCCCGUUUUCCAGGAAGAGAAAAUGUGCCUCCACAUACACGCCAGCCUGGCGUAUACCACCACCACCCUCAGAACAAUAAUCGACGUGUUUUACGUGGCCAGAAUGGUUUUGCAGUUCCGCACGGCCUUCAUAGCGCCUUCGUCUCGAGUAUUCGGGAGAGGAGAGCUCGUGAUCGACCCUAAGGAGAUUGCACACAGAUAUAUACAUCGCUACUUUUUCGUCGACCUUUUCUCGGUGCUUCCUCUGCCGCAGAUCGUUGGGGCCUUAUGGUACCUACUGGCAAUAGAACGUAAGGACACGUGCUGGGAUAUAGCGUGCCGGGAAGCUCCGGACUGUAACACGAUAAAUCUGUAUUGCGCCCACGAGGUCUCGAACCUUGACAUGUGGAGAAACAUCAGCAGCACUUUUAUUGAGCCAAAAUGUUCGAUAGAUGAUGACGAUAAGUCACAAUUUAAGUAUGGAAUAUAUGCUCAGGCUCUAUCCUCCGGCAUUCUUGACUCCGAGCAUUUCGUGUCAAAGUACUUCUAUUGCCUGUGGUGGGGCCUCCAGAACUUAAGUACACUUGGUCAGGGGCUAAUAACCAGCACAUAUCCUGGAGAGGUUCUAUUUUCUAUAACAGUAGCCAUUUUGGGACUCCUUCUCUUUGCUCUUCUCAUCGGUAAUAUGCAGACGUAUCUUCAGUCUCUGACGGUUCGGUUGGAGGAGAUGAGAGUUAAAAAACGUGACUCCGAGCAAUGGAUGCAUCACAGGGUACUACCGGCAGAGCUCAGGGAAAGAGUAAGGCGUUACGACCAAUACAAAUGGCUGGAGACGAGAGGAGUGGAUGAGGAGAGCUUAGUUCAAAACCUGCCCAAAGACCUUAGAAGAGAUAUCAAGCGUCAUCUGUGUUUAAAUUUGGUCAGAAGGGUGCCACUUUUCGGCAACAUGGACGACAGGCUGCUGGACGCGAUCUGCGAGCGGCUGAAGCCCAGCCUGUACACGGAAAACACAUACAUCCUUCGAGAGGGUGAUCCAGUCGACGAGAUGCAAUUCAUAAUCCGCGGGCGUCUGGAGAGCGUGACCACGGACGGCGGCCGGUCGGGCUUCUUCAACCGCGGGAUUCUCAAGGAAGGGGACUUCUGUGGGGAGGAGCUCCUCACGUGGGCCCUCGACCCCAAGGCCGCCUCCAAUCUCCCUCCCUCCACCCGCACAGUCAAGGCCCUGACAGAGGUGGAGGCCUUUGCUCUGAUAGCGGACGAGCUCAAGUUCAUCACCAGCCAGUUCAGGCGGAUCCACAGCCGCCAGGUGCAGCAGACCUUCCGCUUCUACUCGCAGCAGUGGCGCACGUGGGCGGCCACCUUCAUCCAGGCAGCCUGGCGCCGCUACUCCAGGCGCAAGCUGGCUGAGGAGCUCCACAACGAGGAGAAUAAUAAUAAUACACCUUUCGUGCAUGAAGACGAGCGCGCGGCUUUGAUCCCGUCUUCAUCGAUGGGGGCCACUGUGCUGGCGUCGAGGUUCGCUGCGAACGCGAUGCGUGGGGUCCACAAGUCACGGGAUGAGUCGGGGGGGAUGGUCGUGAUGCAAAAACCGCCCGAGCCCGAUUUUGGCUAG